AGAGAGUAUCUCUCAGGAUCAGCACUUGUGAGAUAAAGUAGCAUUAUCCUUCAAGAGGAGGCAGAAAUGCAUGGUGCUGAAAAGCAUGGACCCAGAUGCCAGACCACUGGAUAAAAGUUUCAGUUCCACCAACUGCCAGUUGACUGAUGGGUUGAUGGCAGCGGCAGCUGUGACUGCAGCGACGCCGGGCCUCAGAGAGCCGCAAGCAGUGGCUGGAGCGCUCAGACGAACACCCGGGCCCCAGACGCCGCGGACACCCGGAGAAGCAGUUCCGGCGCCCUGACGCCUCCCUCGGCCCCCAGCGCACCCCUAGCCCCCACUGCAGAGGAGUCGCAGCGUGAGCGCCCCUCGGCCCACUCAGGACCAGCUCACAGAACUAAGGACCAAAGGCAUUUCUGGGCACUGAGAUCCUCCACUUCUACCCACAGCCAUGAGCCGGCGUGUGGUUCGGCAGAGCAAGUUCCGCCAUGUGUUUGGGCAGGCAGCAAAGGCUGAUCAGUCCUACGAGGAUAUCCGUGUGUCCAAGGUCACGUGGGACAGCUCCUUCUGUGCUGUCAACCCCAAAUUCCUGGCCAUUAUUGUGGAGGCUGGAGGUGGAGGUGCCUUCAUUGUCCUGCCUCUGGCCAAGACAGGACGAGUGGAUAAGAACUACCCUCUGGUCACUGGGCACACUGCUCCAGUGCUGGACAUCGACUGGUGCCCACAUAAUGACAACGUCAUCGCCAGUGCCUCAGACGACACCACGGUCAUGGUGUGGCAAAUUCCAGACUAUACCCCUAUGCGCAACAUCACAGAACCCAUCAUUACACUCGAGGGCCACUCCAAACGUGUGGGCAUCCUCUGCUGGCAUCCUACUGCCCGGAAUGUUCUGCUCAGUGCAGGUGGUGACAAUGUGAUCAUCAUCUGGAAUGUGGGCACUGGGGAGGUGCUCUUGAGUCUAGAUGACAUGCACCCGGACGUCAUCCACAGUGUUUGCUGGAACAGCAAUGGUAGCCUGCUAGCCACGACCUGCAAGGACAAGACCCUGCGCAUUAUAGACCCCCGCAAGGGCCAGGUGGUGGCGGAGAGGUUUGCGGCCCACGAGGGAAUGAGGCCCAUGCGGGCCGUCUUCACGCGCCAGGGUCAUAUCUUCACCACGGGCUUCACCCGCAUGAGCCAGCGAGAGCUGGGCCUGUGGGACCCGAACAAUUUCGAGGAACCAGUGGCACUGCAGGAGAUGGACACAAGCAACGGGGUCCUACUGCCCUUCUACGAUCCCGACUCCAGCAUCGUCUACCUAUGCGGCAAGGGCGACAGCAGCAUUCGGUACUUUGAGAUUACAGACGAACCACCUUUCGUGCAUUACCUGAACACGUUCAGCAGCAAGGAGCCUCAGAGGGGCAUGGGUUUCAUGCCCAAGCGGGGACUGGAAGUCAACAAGUGUGAGAUCGCCAGGUUCUACAAGUUGCACGAAAGAAAAUGUGAGCCCAUCAUCAUGACUGUGCCCCGCAAGUCAGACUUGUUCCAGGACGAUCUAUACCCAGAUACGCCUGGCCCUGAGCCAGCCCUAGAAGCUGACGAAUGGCUAUCUGGCCAGGACGCGGAACCCGUGCUCAUCUCGUUGAGGGACGGUUACAUACCUCCCAAGCACCGCGAGCUUCGGGUCACCAAGCGCAAUAUUCUGGACGUGCGCCCUCCCUCGGGCCCCCGCCGCAGCCAGUCGGCCAGCGACGCCCCAUUGUCGCAGCAGCACACUCUAGAGACGCUGCUGGAGGAGAUCAAGGCCCUUCGUGAGCAGGUGCAGGCCCAGGAGCAGCGCAUCACGGCUCUGGAGAACAUGCUGUGCGAGCUGGUGGACGGCACGGACUAGUGCAGCGCGCGGAGGGGAAGCUCCGAGCCUGGGGGGCCCUGCCGGACCGGGAGCACCCUUGGCCCCGCCCUGGUUCUUGGUCUGGAACUCGGACCCCGCCUCUCUGGGCUGGGGCCGGGGGCGGGACUGGGAAGGGAACUCCGCCCCUCGCGGGAGUCCUGGAUAAAUGGAGCGUCGCAGAGACUCGAGUCUGCCUGGCACCCGCCGGGCUGCGUGCCUCGUCCGGGACUCAGCAGGAGCUGGCCUUGGGAGACCCGGGGUGACAGGGACCUCAGCAAUGGUGCUGCACGGCGAAGCGGUGUCCCCUCUUUCCCCCGGUCAGGGCAGGGGAAGUGCUUAGUAUUAGCGCUAUUCUUGGGGAUAUCUGGGAGCUUGGGCUUGACCUCAAAGGGGUGGCGGCGAUUCGAUGGGUCUCCCCAGACCGACUGGGGUUAAGUUAGGCUUCUCCUUCUAAUCAGUUCACUUGAUUUCACUACCCUAAGUGGUAAAACGUAUGGGUGUCACCCCAGUUCUACAGACAUACACAACCUGUUGGCUGUGGAGCCGAAUCCACCGGCUACACCCAGCAGUCUAUGGCAGAGGGCUCUCUUCCUUCUUUUCACCCACAGGGGAGAGGGCGGCUUCCUCACUGCACCCCCGCCGGAGAACUAAUCAGAAAACUGGCAUGGAAGCAGGUUCACACCCUCCUUCACAUCCCCCCCCCCCCCCCCCCCGUUACCCGCCCCCCACUGCCUCCAGCCUUCUGCUGUGGCCUUGACCCUAGGAGGAAAACAAGACGUACGGAAUGAAAUAUUUUACUAAGUGCUCAGUCUGUGCCUCCUGCAUGGGUGGGGAUGAGGGGGGCAAGACCCAAGCCUCUGUAAAUGCUGUCCCCAGGCUUGGGGGGGACAAAUGCUCAGGACCCACUAGGCAUUCUUUUACCUCAAAACCCUCCCACACUGAGUUUCAGAAAGAACCCCUAACCCGUAGGUGGGUGUUCUUCCCCAGUAAAGCCAGCUAGGAAAAGC